UCUCAGCUGCCAUCGCGGUCCAAAGCUUGCCGGGCACUCUCGAACGCAUGUUGAAGGUACAUGCCGGUGGCGCCUGUGCCGGUGAGCAAAGCCCAAGAGCUGCUUGUGAUGGAGGCUGGUGUCGGCGAUGGCGGCCACGCUUCAAGGCGGAGUCGGGCCUCUCCUUGGAAGCGGCAGCAGCAGCUGCGGUGAUAUGGACGCAGCUCCAAGAGCGCAUGAGUGAAGGCUCCUCGACGAGUUCCUCUGCGAUCUCCUCGCGCAACUCAACAUCAACCAUCUCUGACGAUGAUCUGGGCACAGUGAGACGCAAACGACGCCAAAGGUAUUCUUGCAUUGUUUUGGGCUCCCCUGCUGACCGAGUCAAGAUCAGCUGACGGUGCCUGCUUGUGCUGCGAAGCACAUGGAAUCGAAUACAUGCCCUUAUAUAAUCAAUGGCAUUUGAUGCCAGGGCGGGACUAGACUGGUUCAGAUUCAAACCAACAGCUUGUGGAUUUCUUCCUCGCAAUGAGCAGAACAGUCUCGUCUCUCCCUGUGACAUUCAGUGAUUUCAUUCCAGCCCACUAUGCUUGCUGCGAGGGGCAUCUUGGAAGGGAAGGUUCGAGUUUGAAUCACUGAAGCAAUGCCUGACGAACCUUGCGUUCGCAUAGGAGUUUGCCAUAUUUGGUCAGUCCAGAUUGGCACUUCCUCUUCUUAUGUUUUGAUGAUGCAACAAAAGCACGGCAAGCCACCACUUGGAUACUCC